GUCAGGUGUCAGGGCGUGGGCGUGGGCGUGGGUAUCUAAUAUAUCCAUUCAUCGAAGUGAUUAUUGACUGAUUUGCAUUUGCAUGUAACCGGCAAUUGUCUGACGAUGCUUAAUGGCCUAUAAAAGCGAAUAGUUAGUCACAAGCCACUCAUUAAUUAUCACUAAAUCAAAUCGAAAUGAGGCUAAUCGUAUUCGUUUGCUGCUUGUGGAUGGCUCGAAGUUUGGGGCAGUUGCCUCCUGAGAUCGAGAAAUGCAAGGCUGGCGAUUCAAUCUGCAUAGCUGAAACAGUCACCAGGAUUCUGCGCUUGUAUCCCAAGGGUCUUCCCUCCAUUGGAUUGGUUGCUCUGGACUCCAUUGGGUUCGAGGAUGUCGUCGUCAGUCGGUUGGAACCAGAUGGGUCAUCUACUUUGGAUUUAAAAUUCCAUAACCUAACCGUAAUAGGAUUCGCGGACUCCACAGUGGUGGAGGCAAAGGGAUUCGAAGCGGAUCUGCCGCGGGUCCUCGAGUUGAGUGGCUGGAUUCCAUUGCUGAAACUCAAUGGAUAUUACGAGAUGCGGGGCAGUUUGUUGACCAUGCCCAUUCAUGGCAAAGGUCAAGCCCAGGUGGAGAUAAGGGAUUGCCGCGUUCGCUGCAAGGUGCGGGUUUUGGAGGAUCUUCGAGACGAUGGCAAGCUAUAUGCCGGAAUAUCCAAGGUCAAGUGUUUGCUGGAUGUGCAGGGCAUGCACUUGAAUUUCGAAAAUCUUUUCAACAAUCCUGAAAUGAGCGAUGCCAUGAACGCUGUGGCCAACACAAAGUGGCUGGAAAUUUGGCAUACCCUUCGCAGGGGUAUCACCUCUGCAGUGGAUCAGUUGGUCGAGUCGAUUCUCAAGCGAGUAGCUAACAAGUUACCAUAUGACGAUUUCUAUAGAGACUAGAAGUACCAC